AUGAUCCACAAGCUGGUGUCCACAUCCAGGGCAUACCUGGCCCAGGGCGGGAUGAUCUCCAGCGGGGCGGACCUCCGCCGGGCGAAGGACCUUGCCAAGGCCACGCGGCACAGCAGCGCGGCCCGGCGGGCCGAGGCGGCGCGCCCGGCGGCCACCGGCCAGGCCACCAAGCGCAGCGCCGGGCUGCCUGCGGACCUGCCCGUGGUGCCGGGGCCCGCGUCGUCCGACGCGCCGACGCGCCUCCGACGGGGCACCUUCACCGGGCAGUCGUCCCGGGCGCGCGAUGGGACCCCGGCCGGCGGCCCGGGCGCGCUGCUCCCGGCGCGCGGCCUGUCCAACCUGGGCAACACUUGCUUCAUGAAUUCCGUCCUGCAGUCGCUGGCGCACUCGCUGGUCAAUGCCGACCUGCCGGUGGCCGUGGGGUCGACUCGUGCCCGGGCCGAUCGGGCGGACACGCCCGAGCCGGCGCAGGCCGCGGGGCAAGCCGACGCCGCGCCUGGGGCCUCCGCCCCGCCAAAGCCGGAGGCGGAUGUGUACGACCCGGCGGAGCACCUCAUGACCGACGCCUUCCGCCAUCUGAUGCGCGACAUGACGCUUGUCAUGAAGUGGCCGGCCCCGAUCAACCCGUCGCACUUCCUGCGCGAGGUGCGGCGGAAUGCGGCGCAGUUCCGCGGCGGCGGCCAGUGCGACGCCCACGAGCUGUUCAUGAUCGUCCUGGACCAGCUGACCUCGGAGGCGGCCACCUUCGCCAGGGAGGCCCGGCAGUCGGGCAGCCCCCCGGGCGGCGGCGGCCCGGCAGCCGUGGCCGCCCGGCCGACCUACGUCGACCAGCUGUUCGGCGGGACCCUGGGGCACUUUACGAAGUGCCACGAUUGCGGCACGCUCUCCCUGACCCAGGAGCCGACCUUUUGCGCGACUCUGCCGCUGGAGGCCGAGCGCCGGCCUACGCGCACAGGCGUCCCCACCCCCUCGGUCCACGACGACAUCAUGGGUCUCAUCCGGAACUCGGCGUCCAGCGGCUACCGGCCGGUGACUCGAGUGGACAACUUCCGCACGUCGGGCUCCCUGACGGACGGCCUGGCCCGGCUGACCUCGCCGUUUGUCCUGCACGACAGCAAUUACUAUGCCUGUACCGAGUGCCCGAAGAAGGCCGCCGACGGACCCGCCUCGCCCAGUGCCCUUACCGAGCAGGGCCGUGUCGCCGGGGCGGGGGGGAUUUCCGACGAGGAGGCCUCCUCGGAGGGGAUCUCCGCGGAUGAGGUCUCCUCGGAGGGGAUCUCCGCGGAUGAGGUCUCCUCGGAGGGGAUCUCCGCGGAUGAGGUCUCCGGCGAGGACACCUCCGCGGAUGAGGUCUCCGGCGAGGACACCUCCGCGGAUGAGGCUUCGGACGACGGGGAUACCUCCACAAGUGAAACCUCUGGCGGGGAGAUGUCCGAGGAGGAGACCCCCACCGGAGAGGCCUCCAGGGACAAUGGCGCCGCGCAUGUGGUCCCCGAGGGCAGUGGCCCCGCGGAUGGGAGCUCCGAGGAGGGCGUCCCUGCGAGCGGGCCGCCUGCGGAGCCGGCCGCCGCUGCGGGGGGCCUUCUCGAGGCCGAGGCCGCCGCCUCGGCGGCAGCCGGCCCCGAGCCACCCGCCACAGGGGCCAGCGUUCCCGAGCAAGACCUCGCCGCCGGGCAGCCGGCCCCCGCCGAGUUCGAGGAUGCCGAGAGCCCCGGGGCGCCGGAGCCCAGCGCGGCGGCGGCGGCGGCGGCGGCGGCGGCGGCGGCGGCAGCGGACGCCGUGGCCGAACUCCCGCACGCCUCGGACGACGAGUCCGACACCCCGGAGGACCAGGUUGACAGGAUGCUGGCCAAGCUCCGCAUGGGAGCGGCCCCGGUGCAGCCGGUCCCCCGGGCGCCGGCGGCGGCGGCGGCCCCGACAUCGGCCAAGACCGCGCCAGCCACCGCCUCACGGCUUGCCCUUUUCCGGCGGCUGCCGCCGGUGCUGGUCUUCCACCUGAACCGCUUCGCCUCGUCCGGGCUCCGGCGCUCGACGUCCAAGUCGCAGCUUGUCUGCCGGUUCCCGCUGGAGCUGGACAUGCGGCCGUACACGCUGCCGCCGCGGCGGUUCCUGCUCCCGAGUGCCGGGCCGCCGUUGGAUGGGCUGGGCGCCGGCUCGGGGUCCGUGGUCCCGGUCCGGCCGCUCGCCAACCCGCCGGACUCCUACUACCAGUACACCCUGGUGGCGGUGGUCCAGCACCAGGGGUCCAUGUCUGGCGGGCACUAUGUGGCCUACGUCAACGCCACGGCCGCGUUGCAGAGCCACCUGGAGGGCCUUGACGAGGCUGAGCGGCCGACCCUGCCGGCCAGCCGGCUGGCGCGAACCAACAACUGGUUCCUCAUCAGCGACUCGAGCGUGCGCCCGGUCAGCGAGGCCCAUGUCCUCUCCUCCGAGGGGUACCUCUUCUUCUACCAGCGCAGCCUGAGCCUGGCCGACGAGCUGGCCCUCCUGGCCGACGAGGCGGCCGGCCAGUAGCGCCGGGGGGAAUAUACGCCCGACCGUGCCA